AUGUCAAGCUCUCAUGAUGCACAGCCACAACUCCUGCUCCUGCUCCUGCUCCUGCUCCUGCUCUCCUUCCUCCAUGUAGCCCGGACCUCCUCCGUCUCUGCUCGCUUCCUCCUAGCGAUCCCCUCCGACUCUGAGACAUGCCUAGUCCUGGUGCAGGUGCAGGUGAAACAUGCUAGAGGCCUCGGGCACAGGAUCAUCCUCUACGUGGACGGGAAGGAAGAGGAUGUGCAGGGCAGCGACUUGAUCGCGAGCUCCCUUCUCAUGCUCCGCGUCCCCUCGACCUCCCGGAGCAGGUCAGAGCUCCUCCUCGUUGUCAUGAGCAGGGACGAGUACGUCGCCAUGGCGUCAGCGUCACUGGCAGCAGCAUGCAGACUGUUGGACCCAGCAGACGGAACUGACUUGCCUCCCAUCCUCCUUGUGCACACAAAGGGCUCCAAGGGCGCGACCCUCAACUGCCAGCAAGUCAGCGAAAUGGCGGGCAGCUCGAAGUUGACAAUGUUGGUGUCGUCGCAAGCAGGUCAGGAGUGCAUGUCUUGCCCGACCGUCUUCGGUCCUUUGCAGUGUGUUCACUUGUCGUAUGCUCUGUUCGAGGUGCUCCUUCAUCGCGCAGCCCUGGUCAUCACGGACUCGGAGUGGGCAGUCAGGAAGGCACAGGAGAGGAGCGUUGCUGUGAGAUGGUUGUCGGCAGACCCUGAGAGAAGCUCGGUUGAGCUGUCAGGGAGGGAGGAGAGCAGUGUAAGGGAGGGGAGCAGUGUAGGGGAGGAGAGCAGUGUAGGGGAGGAGAGGAGCUUAGGGGAGGGGAGGAGCGUAGGGGAGGGGAGGAGCGUAGGGGAGGGGAGGAGCGUAGGGGAGGGGAGGAGCGUACAGGAGCAAGCACGCUCCUUCACUAUCGGAGUCAUCCUGACAGUUUACAAGAGGAACAACCUGGAAGAGCAGUUUCAGUCGGUGUUUCGGCAGACCCUGAGGCCAGCUGAAGUCCACGUCUUCCAGAACGAAGACCAUGUCGAUGUGGACAGUGUAGUACACAGGGCACAGUCUGCUCGGCCAGACAUCAACAUCAGGCUGACCAAGUUGUCCAUGAACACCAAGUUUCAUGGCAGGUUUCACCUUGCAGGGCAGCUCUCUACUCACUUCGUCUCCGUCUGGGACGACGACAUCGUUCCCGGUCGUGACUGGCUCAGAAGCUGCGUCGAGUACUCGCUCGAUCACGGGCUGGCAUUGGUGGGAUGCAACAGCAGGAAUAUCGUACGUAUCCUUCACAACCAUGAAUGGCACGCCAAGCAAGAGGAGGCAGAGCGGGGAGGUGCAGGGCCCGUCGACUUCGUGGGUCAGUGCUGGACUCUCUGGCGAGAACACCUACGGCACUUCCUGCAUGCCCGGCCCUUCACAUGGACGACAGGGGAGGACAUUCAGUUGUCCUUUUCCUUGCAGAGGGCAGGCAUCGAGUCACACCAGGGCCCCAUCGAGGGGGAGGCGAUUCCCGACGAGCGGAGGGGAGCGUACGCGGUAGAUCAGUUCGCCUCUCACCUCGACAGGAAGGCGCAGGAUGUGCGGCAGCUGCUAUUCUGUCGGCUGCUGAGAGCAGGGUUUCAUGCGAGGAAGUGCGAGAACUGCGAUGAGGAGACCAUAGCGGCGUGCGUGACACAUUUUCAGACGAUCAUCCAAGUCGAGCAGUCUGUGACAACGACGCCACUGGAGUCAGACAGUGAAGAAGGGAGCAGAGAGAGGGGGAGGAGGAGGAGGAGGAGGAGGAGGAGGAGGAGGAGAGCGGUCUUCAUGUUUGCAACCAGGAUGGAACUGAUCAAACUUUCGGCACUCGUCACCGUCUCGAAGGCUCGUCGAAGUUUCCGCACCGUGCUGGUCUUUGCUGGACAAGAUCCCAGCGCUCUGACUGACGUGGAAGACUUCGAUCUCACUGUAGAUCAUUCCCUCUUCGUUCCCCAGCAGAACUCCUCCUCUCCCACACUGGCACAGGUGGUGGAGGGAGUCGAGAGGCUGGUCGGCCUUACAGCCAGCGACGUCUUGCUCCUUGCUCCAUCGCGACUGGGGUCAGCAGCAGCGGCGAUCCUUGGAGUCAACAGCAGGUGUACGAUCGUGCAUGUCAACGCUGCGAUGACCGGAUGGGACGAGAAGCUCCUGCGACUUGAACGCGCUGCCACGUCAUCAUCUUGGUACUUUGCUACGUCCGACGAGGAGCACGAGUUGCUUGUUGGAGCAGGUGCUGCUCCUACUCGGGUUGUUACGGCAGGAAGUACGAUCCUCGACGCGAUCCGAAGGUCAGUCCCGUCGGUGCGACGGUCGAAGUUCUCCAUGGCAAGUGUGUUCAAGGGCAAGAAAGUAGUUUUGUUGCACAUUCAACGUCACGCGCGGGCCGUUGGACCCGCACUGUCGCAGCUUGAGUGUGAGGAUUGUUUCUUCGUGUUGAUGAAGGAAGCAGGUUAUGAUGAGGAACAGGAGGAGACGAUCUCAAGGAUGUGCGAAGCUCCCGACACAACACUGUAUCUCAACCACAAACCAUUCUCUGAUAUCUUGUCGAUAUCCAGGAGAAGCCAUGUCAUCAUCGUUGACAACGAGGAAUAUGUUGAGGUGUACAGCCUGCUGGGAAGGCAAACGAUUCUGUUGAGCGAGGCACAUGAAAGCAAUCCCAGUCGCCAAGGAAGUGUGCUGGUCAGGCCGUCCAACACAACUGCCCUCUUGCUUGCCGUCAGGGCUGCACUGGAGAACAAUUCGAAAGGUGAUGUGUUGGAUCGACUGGUUCCAGCAAGGCAGGGAGCUGCGAUUGAGGUGAUUUAUCAGACGAUCGUAAGACAGGUCCCUCCAUCACGGUCAGUUCAUCGUCAUCAGUUGGAGCCGACAGGAUCCUAUCACCUCGAUCCACCCCUCUACUCUCAUCCCUUCUCCGCUCUGAGCACGGCAGCUGGUUUGCUGCUUGAUUUCCUCUCCAAGGAGAACGUGGAGACCCUGGUGGACUAUGAGUGCCGGAUGGAUUCAUCGCAGAGGCAGAGAUCGGUCAAAACACCUUGUGUCGGUCAUCGGAUUCUCCAGCAACAAGGAGAGAAGCAAAGAGUGGAGUUUCGUUUCUGGCCCAGCCGCAGUGAAGACCUUGAUACUGUACAGAACUCACUUGUCUUCUUGCCGAGUGUGGGCGAGAGUCGCCAAAAUCUGCAGGAUCUUGGUCUGAGGAGACUGCUCAACUCAACGAAAGGACGCCUCCUCUUGCUCACUUGCUCCCCAUCAGUGCUUGAUAGCAACGGGGCAGUCGAUGGAUCGCGAUUGUUGGAGCAGCUGCCUCAGGAGUUUGUUCACGCUGGCAGCCACGAGCUCGACGACCAUCUUCAUCGCUGCUCUCUGUUCGAGCUCCAACGGCAGAAGGCCCUUGAGGGGAGAAGAGAGUUCUGCUGGAGGUUCGGUGACGACCUGUCCUUCAGCAGCAGCCUGAUCGCCAUGUUGCAUGCAUUCUGGUUGUCCGUGAACGCGGGAAGGACCCUUGUGAUGCCUUCAAGUGCCAACCACAAGGAGUUCAGCUCCCGCUUGCAGGACUUGUUCAGUCUUGACUCGUCCUCGAUCGAGGUCCUGUCAGACCAUGCCUUCCAGCAAGUCUGCGGCGAUCCCGAGAUCUUGACUGUGCUGGACUUGCUGGCUGAUCUGGGGGGCAGAGCUGUCACAGUCGAUCCUGCCGACGCGCUUGACACGCGCGAGCCGCCGGUGGCAGCCAUGACAAGGCUGUACCGCAGCCUGAAGUUCUCAGCGCGGGCCCUGCUGGAGGCUGAGGUUUUCAUUGCCCAGCAGCUCGGCAGUCCCUUCAUAGCUGUCCACAUGACCAAACGGACGACAGACGAGUGUGUGGAAGAAGCAGGGGGGUGGAAGGAGCCAACCCAGCCCUCGUCAUCUGCGCGUGCGGCCACUUGUGCGCACUCGUUGCCCGCCUCCAUCAGGAAAGCUGAGCAACAGCUGGGCAGGGAGGGUGCGGAGAUUUUCGUCAGCACCGGCGACGAGCACGAGGCUCUGGGGUCACUGGGGGCGUACAGGGAGAGGAUGAAGUUCUACGACUCCGUCUGCGAAGGCUUCGAGUGCGUGCUGGCCGACAUGCUCGUCUGUGCCAAGUCCGACGUCUUCAUCGCAAACCGGCUCAGCCCCUUUGCGCUAAACGUCGCGAGAUGGAGAGGAACGAGCGAUGGGCCGAGAGCCGUUCGCUUCUCCGACGACGACGGCAUCCUCGUUCCCCUCUGGGAAGGAUACCCAGACCCAACUCCCCAUGAGGACGAGGCAGCACAGGUCUGA